GAAACUCAUCAUCCUCAUUCCUCCGAUCGAUAUUCAUCAGUACUACUACAAGCUUCAUUCCUCUUCCUAGCUCACUAAUCGAAUUUGUUUUCUGAUACUAGUGGAGCUACGUACAACUUCAUUAAUUCUCUACAAGCUCGAUCGCAACUACUUCGAUCUUCUGAUUAAGUGGUUACUUAAACAACAAGUGAAAGAGUUUGGUUUCUGCUCGAUCGAUUAUCAAAGAUGAAGGCUUCAUUUCAGGUUCAGCUUGGAGGACAAGUUCUUGGUUAUUUCCCAAUCAAUUCAGCAGCAGCAGCAUCAUGCACAUUUGAGAGGUCCCCUAUGAAUGCAAAGAGACUCCUGCUACCUGCUCAGCAUCAUGUUGCUAUUCAGUAUGAUCAUGUUCCAUCAUCUGAUCAUCGUCGUGAUCAAAUUGGGUCUUCAAAACGGACACAAAUGAAACUGAGGCCUAAAAUCAGUGAGACAGUGAAGGGAAAGUUGAGACUUGGGGCUAAGAUUCUUAGAGCAGGUGGAACAAUGGAGAAGGUGUUCAAGCAUUUGUUUAGUAAUAAUGAUAAAGCAGCAGGAGAGAAGCUUUUGAAGACUUGUCACUGUUAUCUAUCAACCACAGCAGGUCCUAUUGCAGGCCUCCUUUUCAUCUCCACACACAAGAUUGCCUUCUGCAGUGACAAGCCAAUCAAACUGUCAUCAUCGCCAAAUCCAAAUGGACAACUCAUCAGAGUCCACUACAAGGUUGUGAUCCCACUCAAUAAGAUAAACAGAGUAAACCAGAGUGAGGAUGUGAAGAAGCCAUCACAGAAGUACAUAGAAAUAGUUACUGUGGAUAAUUAUGACUUCUGGUUCAUGGGUUUCUUCAAUUACCAGAAAGCUCACAAAUAUCUCCAACAGGCAUUAAUUUCUCAGGCUUAGUUAAGAACUUAAAAGCUACAACUGCUAGUUGUUAAAUUGUGGAUUCCCUCUGCUUGUUUGCUAGCUUCAUCAGCAGAAUCAGAUCAUGUAAUUAUACGAUUACGGAGUGAGACAAUUUGUAAAUCAGUUACUUUUUCUAAUGACUGAAUGAGAAAUCUUCUUUACUGUUAUUUGUGUAGAAUAA